AUGUCGCGCAGCAACGCAAAGGCGCCUCGCUGCGUUGGCAGCCCGUCCUUUGCUCCAGAUGAAGUAAUCCAGGAUGGCCCGCGGCUCAAGCAAGCUCAGGAGCUGCUGGCAGCAAAUGAUCUGUACAAUGCCAGCCGUGUGCUGCUUAGCCUGCCCGAGAGAGAUACAUUUACGUAUCACGCCAUGACAAGUGUCAAGCUGGCUGAGGUUCAGCACGUUGUCGGGUUGGGCGGCAUCAAUGGCCUGCACGCCUGGUAUCGCGGUGAAGAUGGCACGCCUACAAACGCAAAGAAGACGUCUAUCCGCUCAGAGAUUGCGAGCCAUAUCGCAGGGAAACGAUUCAUUCACCCGGCGCUGACCAUGCAACUGACCAUCCCCAAGUCAAAGAAGCCACCGAGUGAGAAUCCGUACUUUGACUUUUGGGCCUGGUCAUGCAGAAACUUGGAGUGGUGUGGGCCCUGCGCUUCAUCGGAAAGAGUAGCAACGAGUCACCAUGUGCUCCCCAUUUUCAUGCACCACUUUGGCUGUGCGACACCAUCACACGAGGGCCUGGAGGUGUUGAGAAUCCUGGCAGAUGGUCGAGCUAUUGCGGAUAUGGGCUCGGGUAAUGGCUACUGGACGUUUCUGCUGAGGCGGUAUGGGCUCACGGUGUAUCCGGUGGACAACAUGCAGAGCGAGUGGAGGGUCAACUGGAUCGAUGAUACGGCCAUCAUAGACGGUGUGAAAUGGCUGCGGAAGAAUGACAAUGGCAAAGACAUGGUCCUCCUGUUGGUCUAUCCCGUUGUCGGAGGGGGAGUCGGAGGAGGCGCCGAGGGCAGCUUCACGAGGGGCCUCGUCAGCGCUUUCCAGGGGGACACCAUUGCGGUUGUCGGAACACAGAACCUGAACGGUUAUACAGGAUUCAAGGGCAUGACGAUGGAUACAUUCAUGGAGCAGGAGCACAAGGAGUGGUCAAAGGUGGUACAGAUUCCACUGCCGAGCUUUGCUGGCAAGGACGAGGCGCUGUAUGUCUUCCAGAGGGGAGAGAGGGCGCCCAACGCAUCGAGCUCAAGUUGA